CUCUCAAACAUUCCGAUUAGUUUGAUUAGUGCAUUCAUUCUCCUUCUUUCUCUUUCUCUUCAAAAUAUUAAGGACAUUAGAGGCAACCAAAUCAACACCUUUGAACAAAUAAACGUUUAAAUAUAUAUAUAUCCAUCAUGCCUCGCGCUCGCAUUAUCCGUGAUAUGAAAGCUAGAGCCACUGUGGCUUCAACAGAGGUCGUUCGUCAAGCUCUUCGUUACCUGACCCGCAACACCACUCUCCCUGCCAAGGUCCGCGCACAAGCACAGCUGCAACUCAACGCCUUCCCUCGUGAUGCUCGUCCUACUGCUAUUCAUAACCGUUGUCUCGAAACUGGACGUGGUCGUGGUGUCCUCCGUGCUUUCCGUCUAUGCAGAUUCCAAUUUCGUCUCAAGGCUUUGGAGGGUGAACUUCCUGGUGUGAAAAAGUCGACUUGGUAAA